AUUUCUCUUUCACACCAAAACCCAGUAAUGGCUGCCUGGUUCCGACAACCAGAACGUUGAUUUGUCAUUAUUUCUGCUUUUACUUAUACGAUACGACUGUGCGUGUUUUCUUUGUCUUAACUUUUUUUUUUUUGGCUGGUAAAGCUGACUUCCUGGCUCAGCUGCAGUGCUUUGAAAUCGUGGAAUUGGAAGUCUUUCUCUGUAGUUGGGGACUUGGGGGUAUUUUGAGGGCAAUAGGACUUGUGGGUUCUCUUCAAAUUCCUCUCGUUCGAGUUGGGGAAUCUUUUGAAGCUUGAAGAUUCAGAUUUUCUUCGCAAGUCCGACUGGGUUCAUUGAAGGAGGUUCUUUUAAUUUCUUUAUAGCUAUGAAGUGUUUCUCAUUUUACAAUGGAGAAAAGAAGGAUGGACAAAAGACCACAAAGUCAGUCUCCCAGAAUUCAACAUCCACUUUUGGAGAAAUGGGGAGAUAUGAGUCUGAUCUAAACUUUCAAAAUGUCUCUGCUGAAGGAACAGAAUCCAUAGGGCGCCCGUCUUUUCCUAGUAUGUCUCACAGACCCAGCAAUCUCAAAGAUUUCACAGUUUCAGAGCUGAAGUCAGCAACUAAGAACUUCAGCCGCUCUGCUAUGAUAGGCGAAGGUGGGUUUGGUUGUGUCUUUAGGGGCUUAAUCAAGAGUCCUGAGGAACCAACCGGAAAGCUUGAGGUUGCUGUAAAACAGCUUAGUAAAAGGGGAUUGCAGGGUCACAAAGAAUGGAUCACAGAGGUAAAUGUCCUUGGGGUUGUUGAGCAUCCUAACCUUGUCAAGUUAAUAGGCUACUGUGCUGAUGAUGAUGAAAGAGGAAUUCAGCGGCUUUUAAUAUAUGAAUACAUGCCAAAUGGAAGUGUGGAGCACCAUUUAUCCUCUCGGUCGGAGACUCUUCUUCCAUGGGCCACGAGAUUGAGAAUAGCCCAAGAUGCUGCUCGUGGCUUGACAUACCUACAUGAAGGAAUGGACUUUCAGAUCAUUUUCAGAGACUUCAAGUCUUCAAACAUUCUUCUGGAUGAGCAGUGGAAUGCAAAACUAUCAGAUUUUGGACUGGCAAGGUUGGGCCCAUCUGAUGGAUUAUCCCAUGUCUCAACAGCGGUUGUAGGAACUGCGGGAUAUGCAGCUCCUGAAUACAUGCAAACUGGACGACUGACAUACAGUAGUGAUGUUUGGAGCUAUGGAGUCUUUCUUUACGAACUCAUCACUGGUAGACGCCCUGUUGAUCGAAACCGUCCUAAGAGUGAGCAGAAACUGUUGGAAUGGAUAAAGCCCUAUCUAUCGGAUGUGAAGCAAUUCAGGCAUAUAGUGGACCCAAGGCUUCAAGGUAAAUACCCCCUCAAGUCAGCUCAAAGGCUUGCAACUAUAGCCAACCGAUGCUUAGUGAAAAACCGGAAGGCACGCCCAAAGAUGAGUGAGGUGUUGCAAAUGGUGGAUAGGAUUGUGGAGCGAUCAACAGAAAUAGGGAGCCGUGAAUCACCUUUGAAGAGUUUGGAUUCAUUGAACAGUUCCAAGGAAACAACAAGAGAAAAUAAGAGAAGGAUUAUGGAUUUGAAAACUGGAGAAAACAGUUGGUGGCCUUGGAUGUGGACACCAAAGUUGCUGAGGACACGCUGACUGCUAUAAUUUUGUGCAAAGUUCGGCGCAAUAUGUUUCUUGGUGAUUGGAUAAAACAGUCUUGAAAGACUUCCAUAAAACUGACUGUUGCCGCGUCUGAAUUCUUACUAAAUAGUUGCUGUAUGAAUGACCCCCCAACACCUUAUGUUUUUUCAUCUACUGCCACCCUUUUUUUAUGUCAUCUACUGCUACUUCCAUCUAUUUUAUGCUGUGAAAAAGUAUACAGGAGACACUGAAAAGUCUGCGUUGGGAGAGAUUAUGUAAUUCGUGAAAAGUGUUCAGUCUUGAAGAUCAUAGCAGAGUGGCUAGUUGCAUCUUAAACUGAAGAUAGUUGAAUGUGUUGUUGUAGAAGCCCAGGUGGAAGUACUUACAAGUUGUUAGCAGAAUCAUCUGUAUUUUAGCUCUGUAUGUUAAAAAAGUGUGUUGUAAACAUCUUUACCCAAUGAAAAGACUGUUCUUGAGCAGCACUUGCUGUUGAAGCUCUUAGAUCAAAAUUUGAUGAUUAUCAGAA